AUGGCGCAUGCACCCUCCCUACUUUUUGCUUCGAUCUCAUCUCUUCCGUCGCUCUUAUAUCCAAGUAGUUCCGAGGACAGCUCAACUGCAAACAUCAAGACGAGGUCACCGAAGGAAGAUUAUCAAGACCUGCUGGAGUCUCCGACGACGAAUGCCAGUCAUUGGCCGCCUAUCUGUGAGCCUGUUGUCGGGAUAUACGCUGAUGUCAAUUUGCGCGAGGUCGCCACAAGACACGACCUCCCACAGCUCGCAAUUGACCCUGCGAUACUCAUAGGCGACUCGAAUUUCGCAAUCAAGACAGAGCAACCUGAGGUCGACACUCUUGCAGACGUGCUGCGGUCUACCACUGAUUGUUCUCCUGCUCUUGUCGCUCCGAGUGCGGUGCAGCUUGGAAGUCCCGACUUCUCCAAGGAAGCUAUUGACGCUAUAGUGGCUGUCCUCUCUCGCAAGCGCGAGGAAGACGCUGCGGAAGAGCCAAAUUCCAUUGCGCAGAUGUCUGCUCUAUCUGUUGCGCAACCUCAAUCUUUGAUCUUGACACCGGUAGUGGGCUUGCCCCAACCAAUGAACGCCCCAUUCGGUGAAAUUCUCGUUGUUCCACCACCACCGCCAUUGUUCACUGCUCAAGGCUUUGUACCGACCCAGCAUGAUGGCCGCGUACCUUUAGGAGAGAUAUUCGUACCCCAGGUCCAAGCCACACCUCCUCAACCAAAUGCUCAGACCGUCGACCACGGAAGUCCGGUGCUCAAUGCACACCUAGGAAUUGAGCUAGAUGAUCUUCGCCAGCGCGCCGACGGCUUCAGGGCACGUAAUCCUGGACGCGAUAUUGACAAGAACUGGCUGCAGUGUUUUGCUGGGCGGCUCUCUUCGCGUGGCGAAUUGAUUGACGACUAUCGGUGCUAUGUCAAUGGGUGUUCCCAGACUAAUAGGAGGAGAGACCAUAUCCUCGUCCAUGUCGGCUCACAUGUGGAGUAUCGGCCAUUUACGUGCAGCCAUUGCGGAAUGCGCUUCUUGCGCAAGAACGAAUGCAAGAGGCAUGAGUCGAGUCAUGGAGGACUGAAACCAUAUCAUUGCGAGUUGUGUGGACAAGGUCGUAGCUUCGUGCGACAGGAUCUCCUGAAGAGACAUAUGCGCGUGACACACGGUGUGCAGUCAGCCCCGGCGGACCGGCGCAAACGGCUGAAAGUGGAGGAGGGCGGGUACUGGCCGUAG